AUGGCGUCGCCCAGCGCGCUGUGGCUUUGGGCCGUCGCUCUCCUGCCGGCGUCCUGCGCUGCCCUGCGGCUGGGGCAUCUCGGCCCGCCCGGGCCGCUGCCGCUGGUGAUCUGGCAUGGGAUGGGAGACAGCUGCUGUAACCCCUUGAGCAUGGGUGCUAUCAAAAAAAUGGUUGAGAAGAAGAUACCUGGAAUUUACGUUUUAUCUCUAGAGAUUGGGAAGACCCUGAUCGAGGAUGUGGAGAACAGCUUCUUCCUGAAUGUCAAUUCCCAAGUAACAACGGUGUGUCAGAUUCUCGCUAAGGACCCUAAACUGCAGCAAGGCUACAACGCUAUGGGCUUCUCUCAGGGAGGCCAGUUUCUGAGGGCAGUGGCUCAGAGAUGUCCCUCACCUCCCAUGAUCAAUCUGAUCUCAAUUGGGGGACAACAUCAAGGUGUCUUUGGACUCCCUCGGUGCCCAGGAGAGAGCUCUCACAUCUGUGACUUGAUCAGAAAGACACUGAAUGCUGGGGCUUACAAUAAAGCUGUUCAAGAACGGCUGGUGCAAGCAGAAUACUGGCACGACCCCAUAAAGGAGGACAUGUACCGCAACCACAGCGUCUUCUUGGCAGAUAUUAAUCAAGAGAGAGGUGUCAAUGAGUCCUACAAGAAAAACCUGAUGGCCCUGAAGAAGUUUGUGAUGGUGAAAUUCCUCAAUGACUCCAUUGUGGACCCUGUGGAUUCUGAGUGGUUUGGAUUUUACAGAAGUGGCCAAGACAAGGAAACCAUUCCCUUACAGAAGACCACUCUGUACACACAGGACCGCUUGGGGCUGAGAGAAAUGGACAAAGCAGGACAACUAGUAUUCUUGGCUCUAGAAGGGGACCAUCUUCAACUGUCUGAAGAAUGGUUUUAUGCCCACAUCAUACCCUUCCUUGAGUGA